AGUGUCAGAACCCUGCUACUAGAGCCUGGAUGUGGCUCUGAGUUUCAGGGUCACUGACAUUGAUACGACACCUGCGUCCCAGGACUCGGAGGAGAAACGGCUGAUGGACUUGGCGGGGAAUUUGCGCGGGGUUUUACUGAGCGGGAAGAGACUGUUCAAAUGAGGGGGAGGGUAUAUAAAGGAGGGUUGGCCGGAGCCUCCCAUUCUUGGCUUUUCUGAUGUUCAUGUUUCCUACAGUAAAAGUUCCUGGUGAUACCACAGAGAGUCUCGUGUGUUCAUUCAGGAGCGGCUGUGGUGAGCUGACACUAAGCCAAGAAUACGGACACCAUCCCGCUGUAGCGGUGAGGUGUAACAUGCAAGUGGAGGAUGAAGAGCUCUUGGGCGCCGGAGGAGGAAGGUCGGAAAGGGCCACUCCCGAGACGGACGCUGAGUUCCACCAGCUGGCGGCCCUGGCGUCAUCCACCGCUUAUGCCCAGCCAAAUGGGGUAACCCAGAGGCGCGGAGUGGUGCGGGGAGAUAGCACCGGAGGAGAGGAAGGUUCACCUUCCCCAGGCCCGCAAAAGAUGGUGUUUCUGGAGGAGAGGAUGUCGGCGAUGGAGACCACCCUGGCAGUGAUGUCGAGGGCGAUGGAGCGCCUGGCGGUUUUGGCGGAGCCGGAGCGAGGAAGGGAACUCCGGGCUAGCUCAAUGUGGGACGUGAGCAUGGGAAGCAGCCAGGGCUUUGCAGACCUCCCAGCACCGAAGGGAAGGGAAAUGCGAAAGGAGCCCGGUGCCCGGCCCAAGAUCCAAACGAGCCUGACGCGGGUGGAGGAGAGUGACGACGAAGGGGAAAAGCCUCCGAGAAUCCCGGCUACGCUCCCAACUGAGACCCUGGUGCCCCUGGCGAAUGCCGGGCGUGGCACAGGACAAAGGGAAGCAGCAGCGGGGCCCACUGGCCCGCAAGGGGGCUUGCGACGGGCGGAGAAUUGGGGAUUGCCACCACAGGGACCCCUACCGAGACGAGAGGAACUAAGGAUCGAGUUUGGGGGAGAGUCCUCUGAACUGGAUUUUUUCCUGACCACGGUGAGGGGCUAUAUGGAGGACAAUGCCCACACUUUUAGAACGGAAUCCAGCCGGGUACGGGCCAUUGGUGCAGUGUUGAAGAGGGGAGCGGCCAGCUGGUACGUUCAACUACACGCGCGGCGCGACCCAUGUCUGGGGUCACUCCGACGCUUUAUGGGGGCCCUGGAGACCCGUUUCCGAGAUCCACUGGAGCAGAUCCGGGCGAGGGAGGAGUUGAAGACCGUCUCCCAGGGGCAGAGGUCGGUAUCUGAGUAUGCGGAGGAGUUCCAAUGCCUCGCUGAAAAGGUGCCGGAAUGGUCUGCAGUGACAAAGAUAGAACUCUUCAAAGAGGGGCUCAGGCGGGAGAUCCUCUCCUGGGCGGUGCAUCGUGAUGAGCCUGACACACUGCGCGGAUGGAUUCAGCUGGCGGGGCGCAUCGAGACAUCGCUGGCCCAGGCGAGGAGGCACCGAGGAGGGCUACAGCAGCGGCCGCAGAUGAAAGAGGGGAGCCGGAAGGAGGGAUCAACCCCAGCCGGGAGGAGAACGGAGCCGACAGGGAACGUGAGCACCAGCAGGAGGGGCUGCUUCGUGUGCGGCCGUUUGGGCCACAGGGCUGCCGAGUGCUGGCAGAGAAAAGGGGAAGGCGGAGGCCCGCCCAAACCAAGAGCCGUGGCAGGGAAACGCGCCGAGGAAGAACCACCGAUGAGGCACCACUCGGGGGGGUUGGACGAAGGGGAGGAGGACGCCAUGUCAGAACCCUGCUACUAGAGCCUGGAUGUGGCUCUGAGUUUCAGGGUCACUGACAUUGAUAAGACACCUGCGUCCCAGGACUCGGAGGAGAAACGGCUGAUGGACUUGGCGGGGAAUUUGCGCGGGGUUUUACUGAGCGGGAAGAGACUGUUCAAAUGAGGGGGAGGGUAUAUAAAGGAGGGUUGGCCGGAGCCUCCCAUUCUUGGCUUUUCUGAUGUUCAUGUUUCCUACAGUAAAAGUUCCUGGUGAUACCACAGAGAGUCUCGUGUGUUCAUUCAGGAGCGGCUGUGGUGAGCUGACA